AUGAGUUGUCAAAAAGUAUGGGAUGAGAUCUCUAAAUCUCCUGUUAUAACUGAGGAGUUUAUAAUUUUCUUUCAACAGGAAGUAAAUUGGAACUUAAUUUGUCGUCAUCAAAAACUUAGUGAAGAUUUUAUUAGAACUUAUUUAAAUCGAGUUAACUGGAGUGUUAUUUCUAAAUAUCAAGUUUUGAGUGAAAAAUUUAUAGACGAAUUUAAGGAAAACUUAGAUUGGGAAUAUAUAUGCAAGUAUCAAAAUUUAUCUUUAGAGUUCAUGAAAACCCAUAAACAUUAUUUGGAUAAAGACAAUGUUGAAUUGUAUCAAUAUGUUAAUGAUGAUUUUUUAGCAGAUCUUAAAAAUUAG